UUGAUGAAUCUGUCAAAAUCAUACGCGACAGAGGAGUCUGGCCACAAACACCUCCUGAUGCCGCUGUCGGCAACCAAAAGGCUCCCAAAGAGAUUCCUGCCUGUCACCCAGAUGCCUGCUAAUAGCUUUAAUGUAUUCAGCCCAGCCUUGUUUUAUUUCCGAUAUAAUUUCAAUCACCAGAUUUAAUACACGAUUUGCAGUGAUUGCUUCCUGAUUUCCCCACUUGAGCAGCAAAAGGAAUGCAUUAAGGAAGGCUGAGCUGCCAUGCUUUGCUGGUGUCCUGAGUGUGAGCUGAUUCUCCUGUUACUCACCAGUAGCUCAGACCCUUUCCACCCACCAAGUUUGACUGUUUUCCAUGUAGCAGCUGAAUCCCCCUUAGUCCACGCCGCACUGUGUCGCGCUGUUUCAUUGGGUGCCUUGCAAGCUUGUUCUCGGCUCUCGGUGGCUUUUGGAGUGUGUUGAAAGUCAUCAGGAUACAGACGGGCUCCGUCGGGAAAUGAUAGCGGGACGAGAUCAGCUGAGGGAGCAGCUUGCUGAGGUCUGCCUGGGCUGUGGUUGCCUGUAACUCCACCGAGGGAGAGGUGUGCGAUCCUGCCUUGCUCGAUGUGCUUGCUGGACUACAAGAGGAUCUCCUCAUUACCUGGGAAAUCAAAUUUCCCAAUUGUUCAGCUGUAAAAUAGCUGCACAAGGCCGUGAUUGGCAAAGGACUGGAUCACCCAGGUGGCUUACAUCACGUAGGCAGCUGCCACUGAAAUGACACUCUUGAUUGAAGGCCAAAAGAACCAUAUACGUAACUGCCUGUGAUUAAGCUCCAUAUGAUGCCUCAGAGCAAGUAAAAAACCCCUCCUUCAUCUCAUCUUGUUUGUAACAAGACAACCAUUGCAGGGAUAUCAUUUGGGUCAUGUUGUGGCUUUUGGGGGACUUUUUGUUUUGUUUUGGGUUUCGUUUUUGGUUUUUCUUUGCUUCUGGCUGUAAACUUCCAUGACCUGCACCAAUCUGCUGUUGCACCCUUGCGUGAUGCCCCAUGAAAGCCUGGUGCUGUAGGUGUGCUGGUAGCUGGGAAUACAAAUUUUACCAGGGAGAAGAUGCCAUUCCACCAUGUAACAGCUGGCUUGUUGUACAAAGGCAACUACCUGAAUCGCUCACUCUCCGCUGGCAGCGACAGUGAACAGCUAGCAAAUAUCUCUGUGGAGGAACUAGAUGAAAUCCGUGAAGCUUUCCGGGUGCUGGACAGGGAUGGGAACGGCUUUAUAUCCAAGCAGGAGCUGGGCAUGGCAAUGCGUUCCUUGGGAUACAUGCCCAGUGAGGUGGAGCUGGCGAUUAUCAUGCAACGCCUUGACAUGGAUGGGGAUGGCCAGGUUGAUUUUGAUGAAUUUAUGACUAUUCUGGGACCUAAGCUGGUGUCAUCGGAAGGCAGAGAUGGCUUUCUGGGAAAUACGAUAGACAGCAUAUUCUGGCAGUUUGACAUGCAGAGGAUAACACUGGAAGAGCUGAAACAUAUUCUCUACCACGCCUUCCGGGACCACUUAACAAUGAAGGACAUCGAGAACAUCAUUAUCAAUGAGGAGGAGAGUUUAAAUGAAAACUCUGGCAACUGCCAAACAGAGUUUGAAGUGCACGCCCAGAAGCAGAACAGACAGACCUGUGUACGGAAGAGCCUUAUCUGCGCAUUUGCCAUGGCCUUUAUUAUAAGCGUGAUGCUGAUCGCGGCCAACCAGAUCCUGCGGAGCGGCAUGGAGUAGCCUCUCGCCAUGACACUGUGAACCAAACUGACCAUGCAUGCGCAUGCCACCGGGUGAGCUUCCCCCGAACCGACUCUCACACGGCAAAGAGACAGAGGCAGGCAGAUAAAGCACCAUUCGACAAGGAGCCUGAGGCCAGCAGCGUAAUGUGUCUUGUGAAUCAACUACAUCCUUUUGGCAGGGACAUAAAAGGGCUGUCUUAAUGCUUUAAAGGUUUUGUUUCCUAAUGCAAUAAAAAAAAAUAAUAUACAGGAGUCCCAACUUAUUGCUUCAAAACAGCAAUGGUAACUUGGAAGAGACUUACAUCCAGCAGCCUGUUUGGCAGUUUUAAGGAGGCACAGCCUCAUGACUUACUGCAGCAGGGCUGUCUUUUAACCUAGGGGCCGACUGACUAUUCCACGUAGCUCUCCGCUGGGCCCACAUUCCCAGGAAGUUGAUCGUAGCAUUGCCACAAGCAAGUUCUGUUUGUUUUGUUUUAUGUACUCCAGCUUCACCUUGUUUUUCCCUUAUGACCAUGCCUUUGAGUUCACGGCAUUAGAGGGGAGCUAGAGCAUCCUUGUACAGUAUUUUCAGAGUAAAAAAAGAGGAGAAUUUGCCAGCAUCAUACAAAAUCUCUAUUUUUGCUUCAUAAACGCUGCCUUUGACACAAGACUAUGGGGUAGCACGAGUCCCUUUGCCAUUUUUUUUCCAAUCGUGAAUCAGGGCUUGAGAAGCACCACCCAUUUUCACACAUGGGCAUUUCUGAGAUUUGUGCACAGUCUUCCAACCGACUCUGCAACAACCAGCACCAGUUAAAAUUCCCUCUAUUUGGUCCUGUCUACACAUCCAACAUUUGCUUUCCAGCAGUUUUGCCCUUCUUCUAUAUUGGUCUUCAAUAACCUUACCUGAGAUUAGAAUCACGAGGAAAGCUCAGAAAGAGAUGUCCUCCCUUUUCCUCACCUGUGCAAUUUCUCUUAUUUCCUAUGUCCUGGUUGCAAUCUGCAGUGAAACCUCCAUGUCAGACACCUUCUUGUGGAGAGUUUAUAUUUGCACCUACCUAUUGUGUGAUUUUGACCAGCUCGCUCCUCCAGUCCCUCCCAGGAGCCAUCCCACCACCACCAUCCCAUGGGCAAGUUCCAAAGCUGAAAAGCAGACUGCAGCAAGAGGAGAAGGAAUCAAACUAGAGUCUACCACCAUAUGUUAUGUAGUGUGACUGACUUUCAGAUCCUGCGUUAGUUAUUUUUCCUGGAUGAGAUUAUAGGGAGCAGCAAGGAGAAGAUGGAGUCAUGAAGACUAGAGAUAACACGUCCCAUGGAAAGUGCAAGGACUGGGUGAGCCUGGAGCCAGGAUUACAUCAGAAAGCAUUUUUCCUUUUAAACUUGACACAAAUCCUUGCGUUUACCUUUGGAUGAACUGUGCACCUGUGUGUCACCCCAGGAAAGAUCUGGUUGCCUUGUUCUCAUGGGAAGGGUUUCCCAGCCGGUGCUUAUGGAGCUGGAAUGGGAAGUGCUCCCAGGGCAGUCCAUGGAGGCACCUGGACAUUGGAGUUGUGAUGUCUUCAUGGCGCUGGCUGGGUGAGCUCCAGAAACCCCAAGGAACAGCAAGAUCUUGCUCCUGUAAAUGUAGGUGGCUCUUUCCUACUCUUUCCUGUCACGAGAGGGGGCAGGAUGGCUCCCCAAGGGAUUGCAAACCACCAGCUUCCCUCAUACUACACAGCAGCCAUUGGCUUAAGCCUGGAUCCAUCCCAAAGACUCAUGUCAUGUCUUUGAUUGCAAGUUCAAUUGAUAACAUUUAACCUGUACUUUUUACUAGUCUAAUUUAAAAAUCUGCUUCUCAUCGUUCUGUCUCCCAUCACCCCUUUAAACUCAUGUCACCGCUUUGGAUUUUGCCUUUAGGUGUGUGUUUCAGUUGCCCACCUUCACAUGGUUGCCAUUUUCCUGGUGCCUCCCCUCCGCCACCAAAGAUGACAUCUGUCUUUUCCAAAGCAGUUGAGUUAUUUUUUCCUGCCUUUCACAAACACACACUUCUGUAUUUCUUUUCUGCUGUGACUAAGGCAGGUCAACUACAAAAUAUUCAGCAAAAAUUAGUUAUGUCUCCCAAAAGAUGGAGAUGGUACUUAUGUUUGCUAUAGGGCACCAGCAGACUCCGAAACAAACAGUGGAAAAAUCAUAGGUAAGCUCUGAGGGUGGGAUGUUCAUUGCUGGGGAUUCAAGGCACAAUCCCAGCGCUCACUGCGCUGGACAUUGCAGAUAAUGAGCUUUGAGAACAUUUUUAGGUUCCAGGGGCAUGUGAAAAGGUGGCACAGUGGAAAAAGCCUAAAUGUUACUUGCCGCUGAGUAAUACUUAUUUUUUCCUUGGGACCGUGCUGGAGUGAUCACAGGCUGCAGAUGGAGCAGAGAGGUGGGCACCAACCACAGCCCCACGCAGUGGCAGCAGGAACACGGGACAGAGUGGUACCUCUUCACAGAGCCCAGAAACACAGGCUAAAACAUAUAGGCCAGGCAUUUCUCCACAUUCUUGUCAUUCAUCUGACGGCUCAUUCCAAUCAGACUCCCAAUUAUAAGAGCUACCUUAUGGAGGAGAUGAGGGUUUGCAUUUCUUUGAGCUUUCUGGAUGAUUCCAUAAUUUCUACAUGCAUGCUCCAUCAAAACCUUUGUAAAUACAGUCAUUUUUCAGUAUAAUUCUUCACCUUGAAGCAUCAUUUGUAAAACCAAAUCUAUAAUUAAUAUAUUGGUAAAAGCCAUAGCCUGGUGUCAGUAGAGUUCAUUGCAAAACUCCCAACUGAUUUUACUGGGUACAGGAUUUGGGGGGUUUUGGGGUUUGCUUUUUCUGUAGGGAACCUGAUUUAUCCAUUAUGAAUCAGUGUCAUGUCUUGCCAGAGGUCUGCUUUUUCUUCCUAGAGCAGCCUUUCUCCAUCUAAAGGCAUCUUGAAGAGAUCCCUUCUUUAAUCAGUCAGGCUCUCCUGGUAGCUGGUGGCAAUGCAGGAUGGAUCAGGCCAAGCCAUUUCAUCCUUUCCUCUCCCUACAACAUUUCUACCAACACCUUCCCAUCCUUCCUAGCCAGCAGCACUGGACCUGCGUCUCUAACCUACCUCCCUAGCUCCAUUUAUGUAACAUCCAUUUACUUUCUUCUUUUUCUUCUCUACACAAGAAGGCAAAAAAAGGGCUUUUUGUGGCUUUUACAGACAGUAGGUAAAAAUAGAGCAGUAAAAUUUUGAUUGGAACCUGAAGCUUAGGGGGAAGAAGGUAGAAGAAUCAAAGAAAUGAAAAUAAAAAACCCCACAUCCAUCCUUUAAAAAAAUCCCAAAACUAUUUAAGUGCUAAUUAACAUACUUUAAAAAAUACCCAGACUGCAGCAGUGCUAGGUAGAGCUGUCAGAAAAAGCACUAAACUUAUGCUCUUGCCAGUUACAUGAGAAUUUAAGUGUCUUUUCAGCACUGCAAUUCGGUAUGAAAAGGAUAUUGCUAUGGCAACCCUGGCUGUUCGUGACAUGCGUGCCACUGUGUCGUAGCAACACGCAGCAAUUCCGAGGACGGACAAACAGCAGCUCAGGACAGUGUUUCAGCUCAUGGGUUAGCAAAUUGUGAGCACCCCAAAGACAACUCUGUUGUCUUAGCCACAAAAAAAGUGUGCAAUUAAACAGAUUGAUGUUUGGGGAGGGCUUAGAGAUGGACGUGACGAUUGUAGCUUGAGGGAGGCUUUAGUUUUGUUUGGGAGCAAGUGAAAUCAAUGCAGCGUAAGCACUGUGCUGUGCUGUGCUUGUUGAGGACACUUUUAGCAGGUCCUUCAUGUAGGGAUUGAUCUCUGAUGGGAAGGAUUUGGGUUAUGGCUCCUGUAAAGAACAGGGCCGCAUUGCUGAUAGCUGUUGGCUUUAACCAUUGAUAACCAUUGGCUUUAACUUUGAAGGCAUAUUCUGAUAUUCUGCUGCUGGAGAAGAUGACAGAGGGAACUGCAGGCAUGUGGCAUACUGAAAUUCUUUGGAGGCCACGGAGAAAGAAAUUUCAGCAAGAGCUGCAGAAGGAACAUUGCUUACCUGUCAGGUCCAAAGCCAUACCAUAAGGUCAGCCAUGAAGAAAAUCACAGGUGAUUUUCCUGCAGAGUUCCCAGGCAGGACAAGUGCAUCAUGUUGGUGGCAGUGGCCCUGGGGAGCAGGCUCCUGCCCAUGACAGGCUGUGCAACCCAAGGACUUCAUUAGGAUCUGACCCUCUCAACGAGUCCACCACUGAGAAGUAGUUUCUAAUAAUCAUCGGAAGCAGCAUCACCAGUAAUUUAGAGAAUUAAACAGGAUGGGCAACUGGGAAAAACUGGCUUUGUUAGGGAGAAUUUGGUCCUUGUGCUGUUGGAGGUCAUGUAGGAUAAAAGAACCUUGACAAAGAGAAAAUAAUUAUUUUCAUGUUUGAUAGAUACCCACAAAUAUGCCAGUUACUGUUAGCAGGCACAGGACAAGGAUCUCCUGUGAGCAGAAGCAUGGAAGGUGGUAGAAGACCCAGCUACCUGCACCUGCUCCCAGCUGCUGCAUAUCUGGGUAUCAUCUAGUGAUCUGAAGAUAUUUCAUACAUACUAUUCAGUGGUUACUGGGAGCUCACAUGCUGGAUAUGGCACCGGUAGGGACGGAUGUUGCUUGCUUUACAUGGAAGACUUCCAGCAAUUUUGUAGAAGAAAAGAUACAUACCACCUUUUUAAGCUGGGGCCAUGCCAAUGGGGUAUUUUUAGUCCUUUGCCUGUAAGAAAUAGGAUAGCAAGCAAGCAAAUCAAGACAAGACAGAAAGCAUUCCCAAGGAUGCUACUCUGGAUGGCUGAAGUCUGACAGACUUGUAUGAGCAAAGUACCUACUGACAAACCAUGGAAAGCGUAGGGAUAUUCUUACACAAAAACAACCCCACGCUGCAUCUUUCUGCCUGCUGCAGAAGACCAAAACAUCUCCUGGGAUGCCCAGAGGACUGCAAUGGCCAUCUGAUGUCCAGUGCUGGCUCUGCCCAAGAUGACACACCGCUUUGCAGGGUGCUUGGUACAAGAAGACUCCCUCCCUCCAUCGCGCACACGUGCACGGAGCAAGCAGUGCUGCAAAGAGCUGCCAUCGCACAAAAGGUGCACAGUCCCAAGUCAGACUUAUAUCUGCGAGGAGAGAAGCAGUAGGAGGAAUACAUUAAGAUCACUAAGAAUGAAGUUCCCUAUUUUAUCCACCCGUGUAAUAAAUUAUUUAGUUUCUGUUUUAUGGAUGACUAUUUGAAAGAAGAAAAACCAACUCUUUAAAAUGAGGAUCUGAUGAAGUAUCUUUUUUCCUUGGCUCUGAAUCAUGCUUACAUUCCACAGAUGAAGAUGUACAGAACUUGCUGGGUUUCAAUCUAUUAUUUUACUGUACUGUGAUCUCACAGUGCAAUUACAUUUCCCUGGCAUGACUUAAAACCUAUUACUUCUCCAGGAAUUUAAUACAGAAAAGGCUUACAACAUUUUCAUCUCUAUAUGUUGUCAGUUGUUAUCAGGACUGGAUCUUGCUUUUCUCCAGUUCAAGUACGAUGUUUAAGGUAGCUCUGGGAACAGUAGAAGCAUCACCAAGAGCAAGAUGGACAGGAAAUCUGACAAAAACAUUUUAAUUGGAAGAGUACUUUGCUCCUACCUCUCCAGAGGCAAAAGUCUGGAAAACUGCCUCAAUUUGGCAUCUUCACUAGGAAAGAAAUUCAGCCCCAGAUGCAAGGAAAGGAGGGAGAAAGCAGAAAAAGGAAAUCCUCUGGAUCUAAAGAUCGGCACUUGACAGUUUGUUGAUGAAAAUAAUGUAGUUUUUUAUUUUCUGUCAAGACAGACACGAAUUUUUUUUUGUAGCCUUGAGGAGCACUAAAUGAAAUUGCCAUUUUCCAAUCAAUUAUUUUCUACAGCUGUUUAUGGCCAGUCUUUGCCAGUAUCAUGAAUAAGCAGGUUCAAACACUGCUAUUUGUACAAAGCUUGAUAUGAGAUCCAUAUUACAACUUUCCUUUAACAGCUGGUCUUCUGUCUUCAUCAGCCACAAGUAGACAUUUGACCAUCCCAUUUGAAGCUGUUGAGCUUGCUCUAGUAGCUACCCCUCUGGUCUUGCCAGCAGUCAGGCAUGUCUUACCUCUUUUGUGAGCUGUCCUGCUAAACCCAAACCAAUGUGUUUGCAGCAUCGGGCCCCUGGCAUUGCCAUUUGACAUCAGUCUUCAAAUAUGUGCUUCUAUAUUCACAUUGCACCAGCCUACGAACAGCAUUACAUUGACUACCAUCUCUUUCAGAGGAGCCAAAGUUAUUUCAGCUUCAUGCAGCAGCUAUUGUUGUCUUAGAUUUUAACUGGGUUGGGGGAUAGAAGAGAGAUGAAGUUCCUUGUGGACUCCAGGUUAAAUCAGAAGUAACUCAUUAGAGUUAUUAUUUGGCUUAAACUGGAAUAAACCCAAAAUCCAGCCUGUUGCCAUUUAAUCCAUACUAGGAUCGAAGUAAUCGAUGCCUCCUGAUUCUGGAAAGUUAUUCACUAAUACAUGCAUCUCCUUUUUGUUAUAAUUUCAUCCCUCGCUGUUUUCAAGCCAUUUACUGUUCAUUACUAAAAUGACCAUUUUUCGCUUGUUAAAAAAAGACAUGGCAUUUUAAUUAAAGACAAUUCACAAAGUCAGCAGCAUAAUGGUAAAAAAAAAAAAAGAAACAAAAAACUUUGUACAAAAUACUGUAAAUAUUAAUAUAAAUUAACUUGGCAUGCAACUUAACUAAAUCCUGUUACUGCAAGUUACCUAAGUGUAUAAAGAUGUGUAUAAAGGAAAACCGAAUGCCAUAUGUAUCGGCUGUUUCCUCUAACCAAACACUACUGUAAAUAUAUAAUCUGUAUAAAAAUAUUUUAAUUUUACCAUUAUUUAUGCAAUAGAAAUAAAGUUUUUUUUUCUUUUGA